AUGUUUCUCUUGCUGUGUGUUUGCUCAGAUUGGCUCAACUGGCUACAAAAACGAUACAGGAGGAAGACAAUGAAUCCGGAGAACCUAACCUCUCAGAGCUUCCUUUCAGCAAUCCACAACAAUACCAGCAACCUCUUCCUGGGGCUUCAGCUUGUCCAGUUCUUCAAACCGCUCAUCAUCCCUUGUUACUCCCUCGUGGUUUCUGUUGGCAUCAUUGGAAAUUACCUCCUCAUUUACGUUAUCUGCAAAACCAAAAAAAUGCACAAUGUUACUAACUUCCUUGUUGGAAACUUGGCAUUUUCGGACAUGCUUAUGUGUGCCACCUGUGUCCCCUUGACCUUGGCAUAUGCCUUUGAGCCUAGAGGGUGGAUCUAUGGACGCUUCAUGUGCUACUUUGUAUUCCUCAUGCAACCAGUCACAGUAUUUGUUUCCGUCUUUACUCUGACCGUCAUAGCUGUGGACAGAUACCAUGCUAUGGUUUAUCCACUCCGGAGGAGGCUGACCGUACCCACCUGUGCCUAUAUUCUGGCUGCUAUUUGGUUGCUAAGCUACAUUUUAGCUGUCCCAGCUUUGGUCCGCACUUAUCAUGCGGAAUUCCCAGAACUGGACUUUUCUAUCUGUGAAGAAUUUUGGUUCCACAGGAAGAGGGAUCGCUUAGCGUAUGCCUAUAGCACCUUGGUUUUCACAUAUGUCCUGCCCUUAACAGUAAUUUCUGUGUCUUACCUGAGGAUUUCUGUCAAGCUGAAGAACAGAGUAGUUCCUGGCAAUGUCACCCAGAACCAAGCCGAAUGUGACCGAGCCAGAAGGAGGAAGACCUUUCGCUUGCUGGUGUUGGUAGUGGCAGCCUUCGGAGUCUGCUGGUUACCUCUGCACAUCUUUAAUAUCAUAAAGGACAUUGAUAUUAAACUGAUCAAUAAACAGUAUUUUAACCUCAUUCAGCUCCUCUGCCACUGGUUUGCCAUGAUGUCUGCUUGCACAAAUUCCUUUCUGUAUGCUUGGUUGCAUGAUAGCUUUAGAGGGGAGCUGAAGAAAAUGUUUGCCUGGAGGAGGAAAAAAACUGGACCAGCCCCCAAUUGUAUUGUGGCUAGUGUGGUGCUGUAAAUGUGGGCUUUUUUUUUCUUUGUUGCAUUUUUGCCUCUCCUGUGAGGAGUAUUGUGCUAUAAUUGAUAUGUGAGUUAUCUCUACUGGGGUGAGCUGCUUUCAGUGAACCUGUAUUAUAUGAUUUACCUGUGUAUUCAUUGAUUGAGAAUAAACUUCAUGAAUGAAGGCAAAUUGCACACAAUUUCUUACUUUCCACAAUAUAUCUUGAAAACACUGCUACUAUGCCCCCCAACAACACCCCUCCCAAACUUUCAUGGGUUGUCAGCCAGUUAUGUCAUUGUCCAUACUAAGAGAUGCAAUCCAUAGUCUUUCAACUAUGCACUUACUGCUCUGAGUUGAUCAAUACAUAUUUGCAUUGGCAAAAAGGGUUCUCUUGUAUGUAAUUAAACCUGAAUAAGGAGUAUCAAUGCCACUUGCUGAAGCUACUCUCUGUAGGUACACUCAUGUCAAGUUACAACUAUACAACCAAUCCCUGAGUUAUGAACAAGAUAUGUUCUGUAGGUUUGAAUGUGUAACAGGUACAUUUUAUGAGUGUAAUUCGAGUCCCAAUUUUUUUUAGUUUUGAUUAUCAUAGAGAAGGGUAAACAACCCUUUAAUGUUUGUUUUUCUGUCUUCACUUCUGUUCAGAAUAUUUUACUGCACUCUCUGUGCCUGUGACCAUUAAAUUUAGAACAUUUUGAAAAUCUUGAAAAUAAGGAUUAGUAAUAACGCUUCAGCAGAGACACCUUUUACCCAUGAUAAUUCUUUCAGGAGUGAAUUUUGCUUUCUAGAGGUAUGUUUCCUCUAACUUCUUAUUCAAAUAUAGGUGAUUAUUAUUUUUUUGUAAUGAGGAUACAGACAGCACUUAAAACUUCACAGUGUCUCUAACCUCAUACCAUACCAACCAAAACUAUUUUUAUGGAGUUCUACUUUAAAUGCAACUUGGGCAUAUGUUUGUCUUAACAUUUUAUUAAUGCUACUCAUGCAUCUAAAUGCUUAAACAUUUUCAAAUACUGCAAAAAGCUCAGCACACACUGCUGGAUGGCAUGCCCACUUUUGAGGCCACCUUGUAACUAGGAGUUGUAUGGAAAUAGGACGUUUGUAACUUGGGGGCUGCCUUAUUAAAAUCUGUAAUGUCUCCUUGGUUUUUCAAUGCAAUGAUCACUCCUAUCCUGGUAAAGGAGAAAAUAUAGUUUUAAAAUGAACUACUUUAAUUUCUUCCUGAGACAAUAGCUGUGUAUGUGAUUCUGAACUGGGGAAUGUAAAUAAUACUUACAAAAAUUUCUCAUCCUUGGUAAUAAAGAGUGCUUUGGCAUAUUAAAAAACCACACUGAUAAAAUGGUCACAACAUUUUUGUUUCAUUUCUAGAAAUUAUGAAGGGGUGGAGGUGGGACCUGUGCAAGAAUUGAUUUUCUUGGCAAAACAUUUUGCACAAAAACUGUUGCAUUUUGUCCAGAAUGCAAUAGCCUCUUAACAUUUACAGGUUUAUCUUUUAUGAGUAUGAUAAUUCAGGAAUUUGAUUAGCAUGAUCUCUCUAGAAAUCUCUGGGCCUUCCAGUAUAACUUUAUUGUCAACAUCUGACAGAUGUUAAAUGCAGAGUCACAUUGGAGGACCUAAGGAUGUGCAUUUUUCUUACAUUUGUGAAGAUCAUCUUCCCCUUAACCCAGUCAAUGAGCUGGACUGACUGUACAAUGCUUUAUGUGGAAAAACUUGUUUUGUUCAGCAUGUGUCUUUAAUGAAUUUUCAGGGGUGGGGGAAUCCAUCAAAAUGUCAAAACAUCUUUUGUAAUUUCAUCCAGGAUAGAGAAACUCUCAAAAAUUAUUCAUUCUUUCAUACAAUAAAUGAAAUAAUCAAACUUA